GAUGCCAGGCGCUUGUCACAGUUGGGAGCCGAACCCCAUUUUUCUCUGGUCUCUUCUCUGCAGCCCUCCCCGGCCUGGAUCUAAAAUGUCCACUGAGGCUCAAAGAGUUGAUGACAGCCCCAGCACUAGUGGAGGAAGUUCCGAUGGAGACCAACGUGAAAGUGUUCAGCAGGAACCAGAAAGAGAGCAAGUUCAGCCCAAGAAAAAGGAGGGAAAAAUAUCCAGCAAAACAGCUGCUAAAUUGUCAACUAGUGCCAAAAGAAUUCAGAAGGAACUUGCAGAAAUUACAUUGGACCCUCCUCCCAACUGUAGGAGUUUUAAUCCGUGGUCUGUGUAUUGGCUUCAGGGAGUUCAUGAACCUCCCUCUGAAAUGAUAUGUAAAAUUGUUUGCUUGCUGGUGAGUAUCUGGGGCAGCAUUUUUGGCUUUGAUGAGAUUCUCAGUGACCCCCUAAAAGAUAAAGAGCUAUUUUUUUUCUGGAUUUGCUUUUCAUUUUCUAUUUUAAUGGUCUAAAUGUAUAGAGUCUGUUGUUAAAAGCUACCAGUAUCCUUUUUGGCAAUAAACCCAAUAGCUGGGCUAUAAAUCAUGCCUUUAUAUUUAAAUCAUCAUCCUAUUUCUCAGUUUUAUCAGAAAGUUUAAAAGCAGACUCUUUGUAAUUUUAAAAGACACAAUCUUGAAAACUUAAGACUAGUUGAUGUUUUCAUGCAAACCAUGUACCUACUACAUUUAUUUCUCAUUAAAGGAGCUUAUCAGCCUUAAAAGGAGCCCUGGUGGUGCAGUGGUUAAAGUGCUUGGUUACUAACCAAUGGGUCAGCCGUUCGAAACCACCAGUAGCUUCACCGGAGAAAGACCCGGCAGUUUGCUUCUGUAAAGAUUACAGCCUUGGGAACUGCGUGGGGACAGUUCUGCCCUGUCCUGUAGGGUUGCUAUGAGUCGGAAUUGACUUGAGGGCGGUGGGCUUUUUUUUUUGUUUUGGCUUUAUUUAGAAUAGCAUAUUCAAACCACAUAAACUAUAUAUGAAAACAGUUUCCUGUGCCUUCCUUCUUUGUUUUGUAGGUAAAUAGAAAAGAUUAUAAAAUCUCAGUCAUCUUUCUGGCCUGUUUAUGUGUUAAGGGAUACAACUCUUCCAAAAUACAUAGGGUAGGGUUAUUAGCUAUUAUUUGACAUACUCAGACAUUUUAGGUAAAAGCUGUAACGGUUAAACGAAAAUGAAGCCAGUGCUGUUAACCUCGCUACUCAGAUUAAUUUCCAUGGUUGUCAUUUUAACAAUAUUGUUAUAGCUUUUCAAAUGCAAAUUAUAUUAGCAGGUCUUCUGCAUAAAUGUGCUGUCACCCAAAGGGGUACAUGUAUUAUGUUUUUGACUGUAGUUGGCUUUUUGGCCUAAUGGACUGUUUCACUGCACCAAAAUGGAACUGUAGUUACUCAAGCUGGAAAAGAGAAAGCUGCCUGCUCUUCACUAGGCGAUGUCUGGGUUGUUUAAAUCUAUAAAUUGUACAUACGUGUGUGUGUGUAUAUAUAUAUAUUUUUUCUUCUGUUGGAGAGUCGAUGGCUGACUAAAAUACUGCCAAGGUGCCAUUAUAAUAAAAGUUGUUGCUUCUAUGAAUUCUUAUGCAGCAGUGUAAGUAGUGGUGUGAGCUGUAAUAAAUUAUUCAGGAGUUCGUCACAGUUACAAAACUUGUGUUUGUAACAGAGAUCUACGGAAUAUGAUUUAAAAAAUGAAUAACACAUUAUUAUCCAGCUUGCUACUCUGCGGGCUGUGUAUGUGAAAAAGAAUUUGUAUGACUUAACCACAGACAUUAAAAUUUGGUUUGCCAGCAAAAACAGAUUUUCUUAAACCAUAUGAUUCAUAUUCCCACAAUAAAGGGGGAAAACAAACAAACAUACCCUGUAGCAUUGUCUUGUCAUUCAUCAUGGCGUGUAUUUUACUUUUGUAUCUAAAUUGGUUAAAUAACCUGUAAAAAGCCUAGUAAGAUUACAAUAAUGGGUAGUACUUUCUCUUAAUUAAAGGGUAUUUAUUUAAGGAACACCUAUUGAAUGCUUAGAUAUGGAACCAAAAAAAAAAAAACCCAGUGCCGUCGAGUCGAU